AUGCCCAAACAAACUCGCACCCCGGGACAACCCCUCCUAGAACGUCCCCACCUCGACUCCCACGUCCAACAAACCCUCAACCGCACCCUCUUCCGCGAACCCACGCUCGCGCGUCGCCAAAACCAAGCACAGGUGCAGCGCAGAGGAACCCUCGUACAGCGAGCCGUUCAAAGACCCCAUGUGAGUAUCUUCACCGAAUCCGAUUCUGACAUCUUUCCUUUAGUGCACACUCCUUCCUUUACCGUUUCGCCCGAAGACGCAUUUGCUGUUCGGGGGAGCGGGGUAGGUUCGCCCGUUUCGCCUUUGACUCCUGAGGUACUAUCGCAAGAGCACUCUCCCAAACCAUCCCAGGAACAGGUAAACUACACACUCGGAAUCGAACCCGCGACUCCCGCCUCGGAACUCGAGCCCUGUGGGGCAGCGAUGUAUACUCAUUGGUAUUUUGAUCAGCAGGCGGCGAAUCACUAUGACGAGAAACAUGUGAGUAUGAGUGAUAGGUCUGCGUUUACGAUGAUGAGUGGAGGGUUGGAGAGGAGGAGGAGGGGAGUGCGGGUGAGUGUUAAGAGGGUGAGGACGUGGAUUCGGGGGAAAGCGGAGCAGAAGGAGAGAGAAAGGGUAGAGAGGAGACAGGAGAAGAAAGGGGAGUUGGUGGUCAAAGAGAGGGUUUUGGUGUGUGAGGAGAAAGAGCGAUGUGAGAAGGGGAAGGGGGUAAAAGGGAAGUUAGGCGCGGUGUUGAAGAGGGGGACGGAUAGGUUGAGGAAACUGGUGCCCGGGGGGAAGAAGGCGAUGGGAGAGAAGAAAGAGGAGUGGAGAGUCUUGGAUAGGAUUACGGGAUUUCAGACGAUUGAGUAG